AGCUGAGUCCUUCUCCAGCCGCCCGGCAAAGGCAGGACCAUGGGCGUCCCGGAGCGGGCAGAGCGAAGGCGGCGGGGCUGAGCCCCGCUGGGACCUCCGGUCCGGCCAUGGGCGACCGCGAGCGCAACAAGAAGCGGCUGCUGGAGCUGCUGCAAGCUGCGGGCACCGGCAACACGCACUGCGCGGACUGCGGGGCUGCGGAUCCUGAUUGGGCCUCUUACAAGCUGGGGAUUUUCAUCUGUCUCCACUGCUCUGGCGUCCACCGCAACUUCCCAGACGUCAGCAAAGUUAAAUCCGUGAGACUGGACUUCUGGGACGACAGUAUGGUGGAGUUCAUGACCAGCAAUGGGAAUCUCAACGUGAAAGCCAAGUUUGAAGCCAGAGUCCCAGCUUUCUACUAUGUCCCUCAGGCCAGCGACUGCCUGGUCUUAAAGGAGCAAUGGAUUCGAGCUAAGUAUGAAAGACAGGAGUUUAUAGCUCAUGAGAAAGCUGUUUCACCCCCAGGUGACCGAGAAGUGUUCCUGUGGAAGCGGGGACGCGACAACGCACAGUUCCUGAGGAGGAGGUUUGUCCUUCUGGCGAGAGAAGGCCUCCUGAAGUACUACACCAAGGAGGAGGGUAAAACCCCAAAGGCUGUCAUCCACAUCAAGGACUUGAAUGCCACCUUCCAGACGGAGAAGAUAGGCCAUCCCCAUGGGCUGCAGAUCACCUACAGGAGAGAGGGCCGCAUCAGGAACCUCUUCGUGUAUCACGACAGCGGGAAGGAGAUAGUGGAUUGGUUCAAUGCUCUCCGUGCAGCCCGCCUGCAAUACCUAAAACUGGCCUUUCCUGAUCUCCCAGAGUCUGAGCUCGUGCCGCUCAUCACCAGGAACUACCUCAAACAAGGCUUCAUGGAGAAGACUGGUCCAAAGCAGAGAGAACCCUUCAAGAAGAGAUGGUUCGCCCUGGACGCCCUGGAGCGGAGGCUGCUGUAUUAUAAGAACCCCCUGGAUGCUUUUGAGCAGGGCCAGGUUUUUCUGGGAAGCCAGGAGCAGGGAUAUGAAGUGUGCGAGGACUUGCCCAAGGGUAUCCGAGGGAACCGCUGGAAGGCCGGACUCACUGUCAUCACUCCGGAGCGGAAGUUCAUCUUCACCUGCCCCAGCGAGAAGGAACAGCAGGAAUGGCUGGAGAGCCUGCGGGAUGUCCUGUCCAGUCCCCUGUCACCCCUCAACCUCCUCACGGCACCAGCAGAGAGUGGCUGUGGCCUCAGGUGACCCGUCUCCGUCUCCGAAGAGCUGGCUGGCCACUGAGCCCCUGGAAUCCUGGAGAAGUGUUCGCCUCUGCCCUGGUUGUCCAGAAGGAAGCCCCGAGGCCAGCAGCUGCCCCUGUCAGUGAACUCUGUCAAGACCAAGGGUGUGGUUUAUCUUCUGGCUCCCAGGAUCCUUCCAGCAAACAUGUCCUAGCCGCGGGGAGCUGGUACGAGGAAGAAUUUAGCUCUCCAAGCUUAGAAGUCUUGAAGGCUUUCUCAUAUCUGCACCGAGAGACGGGUGCGGGGAUGCAUGCCUGUCUAGAGGCAGGAGUGUCUUGAGUUCAGUGCCAGCCUAGACCAUACAGGGAGUUCAAGUCCAGUCUGAGUUAUAUAGCAAGACCUUGUCUCAAAAAAGCAAAAACAAAAACAAGCAAACAAACAGCAAUAAAAGCUACAGAGAGGAGGUGGAGACAUUGUAAUAAAAAAAAGGACCCUCAGCAUCAAGAUUGUACAAAUAGAAAAAAAUGUAAAAGUUUAAUCUGAACCUAACUAUGCAGAAAUAAUCAUUCAAAUAUUACUUACAUGUUACUAUACAACUAUCCUGGACUCUUCAAAUAUCAAUAUUAAAAGAUAAAAUUGGCUGGA